AUGACUCCAACUUCUGUGUCCAUAGACACCACAGACGCGGACAACGUGACGAAUUCGACCAUUUCGUCGUAUCCGGAGGUGCCAACCUUCAGCGACCACCACCUGAUGAAAGUCGUCAUCACUUCGUUCCUGUUUCUGUGGGCCGCCGUAGGGAACGUGUCGGUGUUGGCGGUGAUGCAGCGGUCGCGCUCCCGGAGCAGGACUCCUCUCCACUCCCUGGUGUUCCAGCUCACGGUCGCAGACUCCCUGGUCACCUUCAUCACCAUGCCGUCUGAGGCCGCCUGGGCCGCCACCGUGUCGUGGAAGGCUGGAGAAGUCAUGUGCAGAGUCAUCAAGUUUCUGCAGGUUAUUGGACUGUACCAGUCGACGUUUAUCACGGUGGCGAUAAGUCUGGACCGGGCGGUCGCCGUGCUGUUCCCCUUCAGUAAGAGCGGAGCUCCACAUCGCACCAAGGUCAUGAUCAUCAUCUGCUGGGUCCUCAGCACAGUCUUCAGCUUCCCGCAGGCGAUCAUUUUUCACAUCGAGCGACUUGUCCCGGGGUUUGAGCAAUGCGUCGACUUCAACUUCUACGGAGCCAAGUGGCAGAAACAGCUGUACAACACCGCGUCGUUCGUCCUCAUCUACCCGCUGCCUCUCGUCAUCAUCAUCACGGCUUACGUCUGCAUCAUUCUCCGUAUCACCAAGAACACAAGGACCAAAGGUAACGCCUUUUCCGGAUCACAGCACGUUCGGUCUGAAAUGGACGCCAGAAGGGAGCAAGUCUUUACCAGGGCAAAGAUCCGGACAUUGUGGAUGACGGUGGGCAUUGUCACUGCCUUCGUGGUGUGCUGGACGCCAUUUUAUGUCCACCUGUUCUGGGUAAACUACUUCGACACCAGCCAUGUCUCCAGGAUGCUGACCGACCUGCUGUAUCUGUUCGGGAUGUCCAACGCUUGUGUCAACCCCAUGGUGUACGGCCUCAGCACGUUUCUCCGCGCGCCUCCCAACUCCAACAAGACCCGCUCACAAACUCUGCACGUCCUCUACACUCUCAAGAACCACACCGACAACAGCUGCGUGAGUAGGAGUCCAUCAAGACGCAUUAAUAACGUGGACAAGACCGUUUUAGUGCAUUCUACCGUUAGUCAGGAAUCAGCCACAAAUGGCGAACACAUGCACAGCAAAUACAGAGAAACUUCCUGCUGACUGAUACACUGAGCAUACUAUGUACAUUGCAUAGAUAUUGUUGUGCCAUUGCAAAAGAAUAUUCCUUAAUCUAGACAGGUGUGUGUAUUUGCAUCUGACUUCAAUUGGGGAAAGGGCAAGUAAGUUAGAGGCAGUGGAAGGAGCGAGAUGGGCCCCGCCUUCCAAGACCGUGCCCCAGACCAAGGAGGUUAAAUAACCUCCUUCCCCAGACAAUGGAUAGCAACCCAUUGCCCCUGUGGACUAAAACGCUAUGGGACUCUUAGCCCUUUCCCUUUAUCUCCGAUGUAAUCAUUCUUAUGUGACAAGCAGGAGCGUAACUGGAGAAGUUGAUCUUUCGCCACUAACGAAUGGUCUAAUAUUUUUACCAACAAAGCUGACAAAUCCAUCAUAGCACGGAAAUCUUUUGAUUGAUGUUUUUGCAAGAUAAUCUGACAGAGGUCGAUCCCUACAAAGAAUAAAUCAGAUUUAACGGAUGUAGUUAGCCGAAGGACGUCAGCUUGGGAGCCCGCUGAUUGACCGACCAAAUCGCAAAACUCAAUGGAAUGAUUUAAUGGUCUGGACCGGCACAGUGUUUCACAGCGAGUGCGGCGACGCCGAGGUAAUACUCACAAACAAGCAGGCUAAUCAUGUGUGUGGAGCUAUAGAUCAGAGCAGCAUAGAGUAUAACAAAGUUUGUUGGUCUUUUCAUUCAAAGCCACGUAUCUACAGAAGACGAUAUUUCGGUGACUGCCUGUCACCUUCCUCAGGGCAAUAGUGGCUGCAUGUACUUUGCACUGCAGCUAGGUGUCACCGCUGCAGUGCAUAGAAUGCGGUUUCAAACGUACAAUACAUACUGUCAAAACGUUUGUGAUCUUGUAGUUAUGUGGUUCUGAAGACAGAACUUUGUUCCAUUUAGUUUCAUGGCAAGCUGCUAGGGGUUCAAAUCUACACCACUUUCAUUAAAAGCUAUCUGCCACCAAAGAAUUAAGAUAGGCCAAAACUAUACCUCCAUUUUUCACGGAGGUAAUGGUAACGGACCUUUGCGGUCGCCGUCUAGUCUUAAUAUAAGACCCUAUUCACCAGUGCUGUAUAAUCGCUGUGCGUUGUCCGAGGAUUUGUUUUCAUGCCAAACGUGUAGGGUGGAAUCAAGGUCAAUUUUGUUUCAGAAUCGUUGGGCCAGCUCUUUAUAACGUUACGUAGGAAUCAAUGUACCGACUUAUAGUCUAACGAAGAAAAUACAUGCCAAUGUUUGCAUGAAUGUAUACAACCAGAUGGAAACGAUUCUUAGGAACAUUUUCCAUUGAUGUAAGAUAUUCCACCUGCUGGACUCAUUAUGAAGUGUGUACAGGAUACGUACAGUGUAGUUGCUUUUGUCUAUGUGCAAGUCUUCCAAGUGAUGUCUGGCUGCGACAUAUGGCGAGCAACCGUGUCGACUGUGAUAAUUCCAUCAUUCAUUCUUACUAGCAGCAUGUAAAUCACAUGAUAGAUUUUCCUCAAGAGCUUGAGUAGCAUCAGCGCAAAGAAUCUGUAUGGAGUGAACAUUUCCAUGUCGAAUCCAUCUCCUAUCUAUCUGUAAUCGAUUCGCAAAUCAUCCUGUGACAGUUGAAGGCUUUAUCCAAAAGAGAACAAACUUGUAAAUGUUACCUGCUGAUAAGUAGCAGAUAAUAUAUGUAUU